GUCAGGCGAGGGCGGGGCCGCGCCUCGGCCUCUGCGCUGUUGCCCCCGGCUGCAAAGGCUCUGGCGGCUGGGGGCUAGUGCACCGGUUGGUUGCGGGGCGGAUCCUCGAGAGCAGCAGGGACAUGGACACAUUCAGCACCAAGAGCCUGGCCCUGCAGGCCCAGAAGAAGCUCUUGAGCAAGAUGGCAUCCAAGGCCAUGGUGGCGGUGUUUGCAGACGAUACGAGCAGUGAGGUGCUGGACGAGCUGUACCGGGCCAGCAAGGAGUUCACGCGCAGCCGCAAGGAGGCACAGAGGGUGGUGAAGGACCUGGUGAAGGUAGCUGCCAAGCUGGCUGUGCUGCUGCGGGCUGGGCAGCUGGGUGGCGACGAGCUGGCACACCUUGGCCGCUUCCGCAGGCGGGCGCGCAGCCUGGCCAUGACUGCGGUCAGCUUCUACCAGGUGGACUUCACCUUUGACCGCCGUGUGCUGAUCGCCGGGCUGCUGGAGUGCCGGGACCUGUUGCACCAAGUGGCUGGUGCCCACCUCACUGCCAAGUCCCAUGGCCGAAUCAACCACGUGUUCAGCCAUUUUGCCAAUGGGGACUUCCUGACCGCGCUUUAUAGCCCUGCUGAGCCCUACCGCUCCCACCUGCGGCGGAUAUGCGAUGGGCUUGGCCAGAUGCUGGAUGAGGGUGGCAUUUGAUUGCCCGAUACCACCCAGGGAUGGGGGACCAGCACCUUCUUCUCUCUGGUUCAUAGGACUUGGGCCAAACCGCACCUAUGGAUUCAAACACCAGCGUGGCCUCUAGGUUUCACAUCCUGCCCCUGCCUCCUCAUCCUGCUCCUUCCCGCCCAGUGUUGUCUUGUUCCUUUUAAUUCUUCUCUUUGAGACCCAGUCUUACUCUGUAGCCCAGGAUGGACCAGGUGGGACUUCUGUGUAGCCCAGGCUGGAUUCAAACUCUCAAUCCUCCUGCCUCAGCAUCUCAAAUGCUGGGGUGACAGGCCUGGACCACCAUGCCUGCCCAUCUGGACACUUCAUUCCUUCAAACAAGGUCACUGAAAACUAGGAGAAAAGGGAUGUGGUCAACUGAAUUGUGACCUCCCCCCCAGCUAUAUUCACAAUUGAAUCCCUAGGGACUCACAAGUGCCCUUUUUUGGAAAUGGCAACACUUGUAGGUGGAAUUUCUUGCAUGACGUCAGAGCAGCAUGGGACAGACAUGGAAUCCCACAUGAACAAGGACCUUAUGGAAGAGGAGAUGUGGACACAGGCACAUGGGGUGAGGGCCACGUUAAGCUGGAGGUGGAGAAGGGGCGGUGCUUCCACAGGCAGAGGAUCCUCAGCCAUUGCUGGACCUGGCAUGAGUUCUCCCUGAGGCCUUGCAGGGAGCCAACCUGGCAGGGACCUUGGCUGCCUUCAGAUGGCCUCUCAGGCCUGCACCCACCUCACUCAUAGUCUUCCACCCUCAGAACAGGGACAAAUGCUGUUCUGACCCCAGGAAAGGAAGGAGUGGAGCCCGGAGGUCAGUGUGGCCCUGACAGCAAGGGGGCCCUCAUGUGACUGGAAAUGCAAAGCCCUCAGUGGGGGAAUUGGUUCCAACCCUGGACACUGCCAUGUGGCCAGUUCCCAGUGCCUGCUGGGAGCCAGGGACAAGACUCCUGAGACAUGAACAUGUUAAAUUAUCAUUUUUAUAAUUGAAAAAUCAACUUUCUCUCUUUAAAAACUUUUGAGAGAUAAUGGGCACACCAGUACCUCUUAUUGCUGUAAAUAAACUCUAGACACAUGUAAUAAA